UUUUGGAAAAUACCAAAUAAGAGUUGUAGUUUUAAUGCUUUUGAGUUGCAUUCCAAACGGAUUGUAUGCUAUGUUAUCUGUGUUCAUACUCGAUAUUCCAGAACAUUUCUGCCACGUUGGAAUUCACGAUGAUAACAAGACUUCGACGAAAAUCAUCAAUGUCUGCGUUCAACAAACUACAUCCCUUGGGAAGAAAACGACGCUGGUGAAAUGAUUCCAAGCAAAUGCAAAAGAUAUCUGUGGAAAGAAACAGAGGAUGCCCAAAAUAGAACAACAAUUGGGUGUGACCGGGGAUGGAAUUAUUUAACAAAAUUCAACGAAACAACGGCAGUAAUGGAGUGGAAUCUCGUCUGCGGAAAUUCUUGGAUAAAACCUGUCAUUAUAUCAGGAUACAUGGUAGGGACACUCAUAGGAGGAACAAUUGGAGGAGCAUUAUCCGACAGAUACGGACGGAAAGUAAUAUUCUUAGCAGGACUUGCUUUACAAUCACUUUUCAUUGUCUUGCUCGGAUUUUCCAACAAUUUCAUCACGAUGACUAUCUUAUAUGCUGUAGCAGGAUUCGGAGGCCCAAUCAACUACACGGGAGCAUUUGUCAUAAGUGCUGAAAUUGUGGAUCGUUCUAAACGUGCUUUAAUUGGGAACCUUGCCAAUGGUGCAUUCGCUGUUGGAUACAUGAUGCUUCCAUUAUUUGCAUACUUUAUUGUAGACUGGAGGUGGUUGUGUUUUACAAUCGGAGGAUUAGGAAUCUUAUUUGUGCCUUACUGUUGGUUGAUUCCAGAAUCACCUCGUUGGUUGAUUGUGAAUGGAAAACCAGAAGCUCACUCGCUGUUAUUGAAAAUUGCUAAAAUCAACGGAAAACAAACAAACAACCUGGAUCUAACUAAAAUCAAUGCAAAAGAUGACGAAGUAAAUGUUGAGGAAUCUUUCAAACCAACGUUGUUAGAUCUUGUGAGACACAGAUCAGUCAGAAAUCGGACCUUUGUUCUCGCAUUUAUUUGGCUGACUGUGGCAUUAACGUAUUAUUGCAUUAGCUUGGGAACUUCAAAUUUAGGAGGAAACAAAUUCAUCAACUGCUUUGUUGCAGCUGGAGUUGAAAUACCUUCUUUCUUUCUGGUAUAUUUUUCCAUGGAAAAGUUUGGAAGACGAAGCACACUCGCAUUUUUUUUGGUUAUCACAGGAAUAUCUUGUAUAUCGGCGCCAUUGCUUCUCAGAGUUGACAAAAAUCUAAUGACCGCUUGUGCGAUGCUUGGAAAACUUUGUAUCUCGGGUGUAUUUUCAGUCGUGUACGUUUUUGCCAUUGAGUUAUAUCCAACUCAAAUAAGAAAUUUGGGAUUGGGGGUUUGCUUUACAUUCGGUAGAAUUGGAACAAUUUCAGCUCCGUACGUGGUAUUCGCAGGAGAAAAUUCUCGACGAGAAAUUCCAUACAUAACAAUGGGAUGUUUCACAAUCCUGUCAGCUGCUAUCAGCUUACUGUUGCCAGAAACAAACAACGUUAAACUACCAGAAAAUAUGGAUGACGUUAUCAAGCAAGAUAGGAACAGGAUUAAAAUGUGCCGUUAAUGAUGCUACAUAUUAAAAUGCGACUUGGAAAAAUAUCAUUUUGUCGAACGAUGAAAAGUGAAGCAAUAUGCGGAUUUUUGACAAAGACUAUCAACAUACUUUCUUCUAAACGUGUGGUGUCAUAUUUUUCGUCGAUAACUGAUAAACAAGUUAUUCUAAAAGUUAAUUUGAAAAUUGAACUAAUAACAAUAAUAUACAUUAUUAUAAAAAAAUAAAAUA